CACAAAUUACCUUGCAAUGAAUGCGUUACGUUGCAGGACCAAACAAAUGUUGUUUUGGGUUUUGAAGUUCAAUGUCUCAAACGCAAACUGGAUCUCAAAAAGCUACAAUUUAAAAAAAAAAUAUGCAGAUUUUUCCUGUUCCUCCUGUUAAUUUUCUUGGUUUUAUUAUUUUUAAUUUGUGCAUGACAGCUGUGAGUGCCCAGAAAUUUCGAGCUAUCAACUUUGCCAUCAGAGGGUCCUCGUGUAAUUCUCCGCUGGCCGCCAUUUAUGGAAACUCCAUCGACACGAUUGAGGAGGAUAUUUCCACUUUGCUUAUAACUACUAUAAUGGAGAGCUAUGCUGACAAAGUCAAUGUCUUCAACUUAUAUUUUAGCAACGGAGACACCGGUGACAAUCUGAUUGGCAGCUGGACAUCGGAGUUUUCGUGUUCAAUAAUAUAUGGCUUUGAACCCCAAAAGGACCUUGGCCAGAGGGCCAGCUGCAUGCAGACAGAGAAUGCCUUAUACUUCUACGUCGUCCAGAGGGCGGUCCAGCAGUUCAAGAACGCCAUAUUCUAUGCGGAUGUAACUCUGGACAACGGAACUAGAGUUGUAUCGAAUAAAACUGACGGUCCGCUGAUGUACGAAAAACUAACGGAGACAUUGUUUGUGGAUGGGAAGUCCGUUCCGAUCUCAGAUAAUCGAAUUGUGCUGACAACCAGCAACGUCCAUAUCAGAUAUUGCGUCAGCCCGUUGGAGACUUUUACCGGCUGCGUUUACUUAAACGACCAGAGUAUCGGCAGGUUCAACGCCUCAUGCUUUGUCCAUGACUUCCAGUUCCAGUACAUCUACCGAGGCCACCUGUUGGUGUUUACCAUAAGGGAGACAUCGACCUGCAUGCGCCAAAUAUCUAGGCAUAUUUUAAUGACCCCAGAUGAUACUUAUCGAAAUCCAACAUAGCUAAAUACACCAACUUCCAAGUAUAUUUGUCUAUCGUCUAACUUACCACGUUCAAAGGCAAUCUAUGAAGCUAGUUAUUAACUCGUUACACACUAAAGGUUUCAUUGAACAGUCUUCAGAGGUCCCAGACGGAAAUCCUUCCAGCAUCAUUCCAGUUUACACUCAAUAACUCAUGAUGUGCAAGUGUUACUUUAGGUUGGUCCUCCACGUCUUCGGGAGAUCGUCUCUGAUUGCUGACAGUUGAAAAGCGGCCUGGGCAGAAUCUGCAGUUAUGUUGGAAGAGUUGUCCUGCUCACCUAAUUGUGUUGGAAGAGUUGUCCUGCUCACCUAAUUGUGUUGGAAGAGUUGUCCUGCUCACCUAAUUGUGUUGGAAGAGUUGUCCUGCUCACCUAAUUGUGUUGGAAGAGUUGUCCUGCUCACCUAAUUAUGUUGGAAGAGUUGUCCUGCUCACCUAAUUAUGUUGGAAGAGUUGUCCUGCUCACCUAAUUGUGUUGGAAGAGUUGUCCUGCUCACCUAAUUGUGUUGGAAGAGUUGUCCUGCUCACCUAAUUGUGUUGGAAGAGUUGUCCUGCUCACCUAAUUAUGUUGGAAGAGUUGUCCUGCUCACCUAAUUAUGUUGGAAGAGUUGUCCUGCUCACCUAAUUGUGUUAGAAGAGUUGUCCUGCUCACCUAAUUGUGUUGGAAGAGUUGUCCUGCUCACCUAAUUGUGUUGGAAGAGUUGUCCUGCUCACCUAAUUGUGUUGGAAGAGUUGUCCUGCUUAUCUAAUUGUGUUGGAAGAUAUAGAGUUGUCCUGCUCAUCUAAUUGUGUUGGAAGAUAUAGAGUUGUCCUGCUCAUCUAAUUGUGUUGGAAGAUAUAGAGUUGCCCUGCUCACCUAAUUGUGUUGGAAGAUAUAGAGUUGCCCUGCUCACCUAGAUAUAAUUGUUUUCAACAAUUUAAUUUUUUGGCUUUGUUUUUUUUUCCCUAAACGCUAUGACUUGAGGGAUAGUGUAUAGAUCAAUGGGCUUCACAAAAGGGUUCAACUUUUACUGAACUAGUAAAAUAGCAUAUAUGUGAUUCAUUGAGCAAUUUAACUUGGUAUGUGAUUCAUUGAGCAAUUUAACUUGGUAUGUGAUUCACUGAGCCAUUUAACUUAGUAUGUGAUUCACUGAGCCAUUUAACUUGGUAUGUGAUUCACUGAGCAAUUUAACUUGGUAUGUGAUUCACUGAGCCAUUUAACAUGGUAUGUGAUUCACUGAGCCAUUUAACUUGGUAUGUAGGCGUGUGUGUAUAAGAAAGUGAUUUUAGUGCACCUGAUCUUCGCCUAACAUAUUCGUUAGGCGAAACUUUCUUCAUUAUUUUUAACUUGCAUUGUAUCAUGUUUUUAAAGACUGUAUAUCACAGUAUAAAGGGUUAUAUGUUGUAUAUCCCUCUUCAUAUUUAGUCUUCAGAGUUCAUGUUCAGUGUUUUGUUAAUGUUGUUGUUUGAUUGUUGACUAAAUGUGUUUUUUCUAUGUUUACUUCGACGAAUAA